AGGAUGAGGCAGAAACACUCAAGAACAGACAGAAAGAGCUAACAUUUUACAUCCUGCACUUGAGCAUGGACUUUGACAACCAAAACAUUAAAGAUGCUGAAUCUCAGCAGAGAGAAGAGCGACUGAGCACUCUUCCUGUCCAUUACCCGAGACCAAAGCCCCGUCCAUCUGUAGCUCCAGAGGAUCAUCCCACGACCAAGAAACCUCCCAUAAAACCCAGACGGAGCAUAAAGUGUCGUCCCACAGCACAACAAGGGAUAGAGCAAUUAAACCAGGGACAUCAGAAGGAAAAUGAGACGACAGUGAAGCGAAUAGAUCCUGCUCUGGUUUUGGGGCCCGUGAGGCCCCUGGAGGCUCUGACUCCAUCUCUACGCGCUCACACUCUGCUGUGGUUUGAAAGAACGCAGCUGCCUCGAAUGCACAGGCCCGGACAGCCUCUCCCCUGCUGGCUCCACGGUUUUGCUACACGCAGGGAAGCGGAACAGCUGCUGCAGGAUAAGCCGCAAGGCAGUUUCCUGUUGAGGCUCAGCGAGUCAAAGAUUGGCUUUGUGCUUUCUUACAGAGGAGAAGACCGGUGUCGUCAUUUCAUAAUUGAAGAGGCAGAGUGUGGAUCAGCUGGUAGUGUGUAUCUAAUUGCUGGAGAACACAGCCGUCAUAGAAGCCUGGAUGACCUAAUCAGCUACUACACCCAUAAUCCUGUGGGGCCCUUUAAUGAGAUGUUGACUGUGCCUUGCAUGCAGCCUGAUGGGAGUAUUUCUGAAAUUAAUUGGUGGAGGGUGAAGGACGGGGAAGAAGAGAGAAAUGGAAAAGCAAUAAUAGAUCAAGAGGAGCAGACACAACUGCCCAUGGCUAUAGGUCCAGCUGUUCUGAGCUCAUUACCCACAAACCCCUCCAAACAGACCACUUCUGCUACAGAAGAGCCUGUGCAGUAUGCAGCUGUGAGAAAGCCAUUAAAAAAGACUCCCUCACAGCCAGAAUUCAAGUCUGGAACUGAAACAGCGCCUCCUGGGUUAGAAAAUGGCAGAUCUGAGGUUGCUGAAAGACCCUUAAAUCUUAAUCUAACAGGGGAACAAGCUUCUCCUGUGGAUGUUCCAUAUGCUAGAGUUAACAAACCCCCCAGAGCAGUAUCAGAAAAUCCCCCCAAUUUCAGUGCCCACCCUGACCUCCAGGGAGCGACAGCGGCUGUUACCACUCCAUCCAUCCCAAACUUUGACACAACAGCAGACCCAAAAUACUGGAAAAUGGAGCCCUUGCACACUUAUGAAGAAACUCCACACACACGCAGUCAUCCAGAAGAGAUUGACUGCUAUGCCGUGGGCCGGUGGAGGCAGGCAGCUGUGGAUGAAGUGAACCAUCAUCUAUAUUCAGAGGUGAAUAUCAAGGGUGCCCAAGAAGGCUAUGCUGUACCAAGACCUGGGCCUAGUCUUCCUCUUCGACCACCCCCAAGAUCUGUUCAUGCUCCUUUACGACCAGAGCUUACUGGGCAGAGUUUUGGUGUGUCCCCAAUGAUGACUCAACCUCAACACUCAGGUUUUCAUCAUUCAGAGCAGCCAAAUCUGAUUGAUUCCUCCAGCUCAAUUUAUGAGCAAAUUCCAGAAAGACCAACCAAAAAAAGAGCAUGUCUUCCCCCACCAAACCCCAAACGCUGACCUUAUGAUUGUAUUCACCUCUGUACCUCUUUCCUUUAUAAAUACUCUGUAUGAGAAGUUUAAAAAAACAGCAUAGUAAUAAAUAUUAGGAUGAUACAUAUAUGUACUAUAACAUAGCUUAUAACCUGUAUAUACAUUUAUAAGGCUUGUUAAUAGUGACCUCCCCGUGGAGGUUAUAAGCAUGUUUAUUAGUUUAUCAUUUAAAUGUAAUUAAUGUUAUUUUUCAUACAAUCACUCUUUCAAAGUUGUAAUUGCACUGCAAAAAUGUCAUAAUUAAAUAAUCACUUUAAUCAAAUAUA